UAACCUUCGCUUCCCCUAAUUAUUACACAUUCAACUUUGAACACACCCAGUCACGCAAGCAGAAACAGAGACAGCUACAUUUUUCUUCUUUUUUUUUUUUUGUCUCAGAUGCAGAACUUUUCCCGCGAUCGCCAACACUGAACUACUAAUGUAGAGGGCAGACACUUCCUUCAAUGCCUUAUUUUGAUGUGUACGCGCACUCGGCAGCCACUUCUUCCUUGACCAAAGAUGACUUCUACAGUUGCCCAGAGCACACUAUCCACGGCCAUAAAUUCCACGUUGUCCAUGACCUCCGUACCCCAAACCUCCAUGUCCCCGAGUGAUCCGAAAGACCAGGAUGACUACCACACAGUGCUCCUAGUCAUCUACUCUGUGGUUCUGCUCUGCGGCACCAUUAGCCUGAGCCUGAUGGUGCACGUCAUGAAAUCCAGCGCAACUUCCACCACCUCCAUCGCUGUACUCAACCUCAUCUUUGCCCACUUCAUCUUCCUCCUCACGGUGCCCUUCCGAAUGUACUACUACGCAACUAGCCAGUGGAGCCUGAGCCAUGGGUGGUGCAAAAUGGUCAGCGGCAUGAUCCACAUCCACAUGUACAUGUCUUUUGUUUUCUAUGUGAUCAUUCUCAUCACCCGGCUGUUGACUUUCUACCACAAAGCUGACCGGUUGGCUUACUUCCAGAGAAUUCACGCAUUCAUUUUAAGCGCUUUGGUGUGGAUCGCUGUGCUGGUCAUGGUCCCCUGUAUCAUCCAUUUUUCCUAUGGCAAAAAAAAUAAUAAUGGCAACAAAACUGAUGACAACAAAACUGAUGACACCAAACGUUGCUUCAGGUUUGGGGACAACAUAGAGUCUGCUAAGGCGGCCAACUACAUCAUAAGCACAUUGAUCAUAGUGGUGGCGGUCGUGUUGACAGCCCUGCAAGCCAACGUCCUGUGGGUUUUAUACAAGAAGCAUCGCCAGGGAUGCACCUCUCAGCAGGACUUCGGGGCUCAGCUGAAGAGCCUGUGCUUCGCCCUAGUCAUGGUGGCGUGCUUCAUUCCCUACCACCUUUUCCGGCUGUACUAUUUGGAGCACAUUCAUUUGCAGAAUGUUAAUGAGGUGUUUCUGAGUUUUACCACUUUCAACUGUUUGGACAUGCUCACCUUCUUGGGGAGGAGAACUUGCAACGUAUGCUUGUUAGGAAGGGCUAUAUGAAAACUGUAGGUAUGAUGAAUGCAUGCGUGGGUGUGUGUGUGUGUGUGUGUGUGUGUGUGUGUGUAUAGAGGGGGCUUUCAAGAGACCCCAUUUACAUUUUUUGGGGGGCGUGAUUCACUUUGCCCAUCUUUAUUUUUGUUACUGCUCCACAACCGCUGACAACUUGAUAUCGGAACAACUGUCCAAAAAUAGCAUACAAACAAACAUUUACAAAGAUUAGAAUGAAUUAAAACACACAAAUGGAAAAGGUGAGCAAAAAUCCUUAAGACAUACAUUUAGUACUAUUAGAAUACUUCUAAUUUUUGAAAAUAUAUCACUAUUUCUUUGAGAGUUUUUUUGAACAAUGAACCUUGGGAGCAAAACUUAAACAAAAUAAUCUUUCUUAGUGCCUAUUUAAGGGCCUUUUUGAGCUGUUGUCAGUUUUCUUUAGUUUGUAUAGCUUAUUGUUUUGGUUAUUUGACAGAUCCUCCGUUCUGCUUGAUUGCCUCUAUUGCUGCUGUGCCAUGUAGGUUUUCAAAAUGUUUCUAAAUGAUGCAACUCUUUAAACUGGGCUUCUAUGUUUUAGAUACUAAUAAUGUUAUUAUUUUAUAUAUUUUUUGUCUUCUUUGAUAAUUAAGUUGUCCAUAGAGGGUUAAAAAAAAAAAACACGAGGAGAGAAAUUAUGUGACAUGUGACAGCCAAAGUCAAACAGCAGAUGAAUCAAAUUACUGGAGACACUUCGCUGGACUGUACACCGCCAUCUGCUUUGGACUCAAAAUGAAUGAACUCCUGCCACCUGCUGGUCUGUGCUUAUACUACAAAGGGUUCAAACUUGGAAUUUGUGAAAUGUACUCCAAGAUUAUGGAUUUAUUUUUAAUCACCUGCCUUCAACUGAAGGGAGUGGAAAUGACAACUAAAUACAUUUCACUGUAUUUGCUAACACUUAACCCCUGUGUGCAUAGCUCAAGUGUUUGGCUUCAUAGCUAAGAAGAGAAAUAAAUAUCUGAAAUCAUUA